AUGGAGGCCACCAAGGUCUGGCACACACAGGCCCCGGACCCAGUGCCCGAGGAGGACGAGGAGGAGACGGACCCUUCCUCCGGCGGGGACAAGCCAGAGUGCUCCAUCUGUUUCAACACCUAUGACAAUGUCUUCAAGACGCCCAAGCUGCUGGACUGCACCCACACCUUCUGCCUGGAGUGUGUCACCCGGGUCAUGGCUGUGUCUGUGGAACAGGAUGGGGGCCAGAUCCCCUGCCCCCUCUGCAGGCACCCCACCUCCAUCCCCGCCAGCGGUCCCCCUGCCCUCCUCACAAGCCUGGAGGUUCUGGGCAGGCUCCCCACCCACCUGCAGCAGGAGGAGAGGGUGUGGCUGGAGGGGAAGAAGCUGUGUUACUCCAGCCUUGGCAGCCUUGACCCCCUCCACCCCGACGGCUCCUCCACCUGUAUCUGUAUCGACAUUGGGAGAAUCCAGGAGGAGGCUGUGCCCAGACAGACUGAGGCUGAACAAGGGAGAUAUGUCUGGGGCAGACAAUGCCUCUGUAGCUUAUUCUCAGACUGGAAGCGGCUGGUGCUGUUCGUGGUGCUGCUGGUCAUGCUGGUGUGUGUCAUCACGUGGCCGCUGCAGUGUGUCUUUAGUACGGGAUCGGUUCGCUGUUUGAAAAGCAAGGCUCCAGCCACUGUGGGGCAGACCUCCACUCCCUCUACAUCUUCCACCAUCACUCAGCUGCCACAGUGA